AUGGAUGAGACAGGCCCGGCACAUUCAUGGCUCCCAAAGUUCAUGCGGAAGCCUAAGUCGCCGACGUUUUCCUCGGAUGACACUCCCCCAAAUGAGACUUCGACAUUAUUGCCUAGGGGAACAAAAGACUCUGAGCAACCGGAGGAGCCAGAAAACGGAGAGAUCUACGAGCUUCUCGAUCCUCUCAGUGGGUCAAAAUCGCCAUGGAGAGCGGUUCUGAACGAGUUCAAGAUUCUACUGAAAGGUUCCAUACCAGUGAUCUUGGCCUACACACUGCAAAACUCGCUACAAACGAUCUCAGUUGUAAUAGUAGGCCGCGGAUCGCCCGAGGAUUUGGCAACUGCGGCCUUCUCGUAUAUGUUUGCUAUGAGUACAGCCUGGCUUAUUGCGUUGGGCGGAACAACCGCAUUGGAUACUCUAUGCUCAUCUGCUUUUACCGGAAGCAACGACCCGCAUAACCUUGGCGUUCUCCUCCAAAGAGCUUUUAUCAUCUUAGGAGGGUUCUAUAUUCCCGUAGCAAUACUCUGGUUCUUUUCUGAGCCGGUGUUCAAGGCUUUGGGACAAGGUGAUCAACUCUCACAUGAUAGCGCCAGGUUUCUGUGGUGUCUCAUACCUGGUGGCUUGGGCUACAUAUACUUUGAGUGCAUCAAGAAGUAUUUACAGGCGCAAGAAAUCAUGCGACCAGGAACCUAUGUUCUACUGAUCACCUCACCAAUAAAUGCUGGUCUCAAUUUCCUUUUCGUUUACACGUUCAAAAUGGGCUUGCUCGGAGCACCGGUAGCAACCGGCAUCUCUUACUGGCUAUCCUUUCUUCUUCUACUCGCAUAUGCACGUUACGUCAAAGGCUGGGAGUCUUGGGGUGGAUGGUCCCGAAGAUGCCUGCACCACAUGGGGCCGUUUGCCCGGCUUGCCACUCUCGGAAUCAUCCAUGUCGGCACGGAAUGGUGGGCAUUUGAGAUCGUGGCCCUGGCGGCUGGCCGACUUGGCACGAUCCCUUUGGCUGCUCAAAGCGUCAUCAUGACUUCAGACCAGGUCGUGAACACCAUUCCCUUUGGCGUUGGGGUAGCAGCUAGCGCGCGAGUGGGUAACCUGCUGGGUGCUAAAGACGCCAAAGGGGCGGCGAGAGCAGCAAAUACGGCAGCUUGGCUGAGUAUGAUCUUGGGGACUGUGGUCCUGGUUAUCCUGAUGGGUAGCAAGGAUCACUUCGCCAAGAUCUUCAACGACGAUGUUGAUGUUGUCAAACUGACCGCGGAAGUUCUACCCUUCGUCGCUCUGUUCCAAAUCGCAGACGGCCUCAAUGGAAGCUGUGGCGGCAGCUUACGCGGCAUGGGCCGACAGCACAUUGGAGCGGCGGUCAAUAUUAUCAGCUACUACUGCGGUGCCCUUCCACUAGGAAUCUGGCUUGCAUUCCACGGAUGGGGUCUGAAAGGAUUAUGGGUGGGACAGUGCAUUGCUCUGUACCUGGUUGGGAUCCUCGAGUGGAUCAUCGUUGCGUUCAGUAACUGGGAUCAUCAGGUCAAAAAGGCGUUCGAAAGGAUGGACGAAGGGGAUAGGACGGAGAAUGGGAUUCCGCCUCCUUCCGAUGGUGACGCUCGUUGA